GCCAGCACUACAACCAACGCACCGGCAUCAAAAUUUUCUCUCUUUUCCCUGCCCGCCCGUUUCGAAGUUCGCAAUUUUAUUUGUAGCUCUGUACUAUUCAUGUAAAGCUGUGUAUACUGUGUAAAUAUUUUUGCUCUUGGCCACGAAGCUCUUCACGAGAAUUUCCUUUGUAACCGUCUCACAAUGGAACGUGAACCAGGCAAAAGGCGCAUCAAACCAUCUCAGAAUUUUUUAGAUUUUGAGGACUUGGGAGAAAGCUCUGAUGAUAGUGAUUUUCGAAUCGAAGAUCAUGAAAAUGGUAGUGAUGAUGACUCCAAUUUCGACUCAGAUAAAAGCAGCGAUUCUGGGCCGGACUCAGGCUCUGAUGAUGAAGACGAUGAUGAAGAUGGAGAUGAAAUCAAGGAUUCCAAAAAGUCGAAGGGAGAAUCAUUGAGCGUGAAUGAUGUUCUAUCGCAAGCAGAGAAGUCGAAAAUUGCCAAGGAUGUUUCAAAGAUCAUCAUUUGCUGUGUGUGUCUGGGAGAGCACAGUAGCGAUCAGAAUGAAAUCAUCGAAUGUGACUGUUGUGGAGUUACAGUCCACGAAGGUUGCUACGGAGUUCCAGACGCUACCAGUGUUUCGAGUUCACACUCAUCUUGUUCCACGGAACCGUGGUUUUGCGAAGCAUGCCAAGCAGGAGUGGAUAAUCCAGUUUGCGAACUUUGUCCUAACAUAGGCGGUAUUUACAAAGAGACAGAUGUUGGAAAAUGGGUCCACUUAGUCUGCGCUCUUUACAUUCCGGGUGUUGCGUUUGGCGAAGUUGACAAACUGAGUAAUAUCACUCUUUCUGAGUUACCGUUUUCAAAAUGGGGCUCAAAGGUCUGCCAACAUUGUCAAGAUUCACGUUUUUCCCGAACUGGUGUUUGUCUCCAGUGUGAUGCAGGAAUGUGCAGGGCAUAUUUUCAUGUAACAUGUGGUCAGAGAGAAGGACUUCUUACUGAAGCUCCUGCAGAAGAAGCCGACCAGGCAGAUCCUUUCUACGCUAAUUGUAAACUUCACUGUGAUAAAACUCAAGCCAGGUCUAAAAAAAGAAACUGGAUGGCGCUUCAAUUUCGCACAAACGAAAUACGGAAGCAGAACCGAGAAGAAGUCGUUCAGAAUUGGGAGCGAAUUCAACGCAAAUUAACCAAAUAUAGGAGCUCUUAUGCUGUAGCCAAGGGAAAACAGCCGCAACCAUGGAUUCCCACCCAAAAAAGACCCAGAAUGCUAACUUCAAGUGCAAAUGCUUGCCGUCUACUGUGGAAGAAAGCGGAAUGCAUGGGAAUUGAUACCGCAACUCUAGAAGCAAUGGAUAUGCACAUUGCUUCUCUGAUGGAUGUGCCCAAAAAGUGGCAUCUUCAGCCAGCGUUUAGUGUCGAAUUCGUGGGAUACUACCUGGAUAGAAAUAGCAGGAUAGACUCUCUCAAGAAACAAUUGGCAACGACUGUUGAGACGAAUAGCAAACUAAUCAAACAGCAAGAAAGUAUGCAGGUGCAAUAUGAUCAGGCUGUCAAAGCAAAUGCAGACAUAGUUUCCAAAAAUAAAGCUUUAAAAGAGAUUCUCCAAACAUAUCAUAGCGUAAUCUCGAAUGUCUGUCCGACCAAAAAGCUGCCUGAUCUGGAAAUCCUGUCUAGACCCGUCGCAAACGUAGAAGUCGCUAGUGCUCAAUCAGCGAAUGCGAAAGGAACCAUGGGUUACCCGCUUGGUUUUGUGAAACAGGCGGUCAUCAGCAAAAAGGCUCACCAGCUAGCGCCCAUCCCAGAUACUCCAGUAUUACUCGAUAGCAAGUGUGGAAUUUGCCACAAGUCUAACGAUCAGCAUCUUCUAGCGAAAUGUGAUACGUGCCAUCUGUAUUACCAUCUCGGAUGCUUAAAUCCACCUUUAACAUGUAUGCCAAAGAAAACUAAGCUUUAUGGAUGGCAAUGUUCCGAAUGUGAUAAAGAUUCCUCCGGCUCAGAGAUGGAGAACGUAGACACAGAGGCUCCGCGCAAACUUAGGCAAAUAAUCAAAGACAACGACAAGCAUAGUCAGUUCCUUGAAUUCAGCGAUACCUCAAAAACGGCCACUCCAGCCAGCUCAGUACCUGGCUCGCCAGAGGCGAGCAACAAGAAACCGGCCAAUGGCGUUUUAGAAGCUGUUAGUGGGGGCGUUAAAAGGAAGAAGGUUAAGCAACGAAAUGACAGUCUCUCGUCUCCGAACUCUGUAGAUGCGACUCAGAAUACAAAACCACGCAAGAAACGGAAACGCAUGGAAAGCAGUGAUGUCGAUGAGUCUCCGCAACAACCUAGACAACAUAUUAAAAUUCUGAUCAAAUCCAUCCCUAGCAGGGAAGGCAAUGCGACCUCUCCACAGCUGUUUGUUGCAUCAGCAAACAGUUCCAUUUCUUCUCUGCAGUCUUCUCCUGCAACGUCAAUUGCACCCUCAGCGCCUGUGAUACCGGUUGUGCCUGCUCGACCUGCAAGGCAACCAAAACCAAAACCUGAAAAGAAAAUCGAACAGAUGAAUGAUUGUGAUACUUGCUCCGGAGCAGGGAACAUUACAAAUAUGGUCAGUUGCGAUGAGUGUAAAAGGUGUUUCCACUUUGGCUGCCUAGACCCGCCCGUCAAAAAAUCUCCCAAAGUCCGAGGAUACUCAUGGCAUUGUGCGAACUGUGAUCCAACGGAAAGUGAUUCUGAUUAGAGUGCAAAUUUUUCUUUCUAGAAUUUUAUAGGAAGAGUCCAUGUACCAUUUUCUUUGUAUUAUUUCCAAAAGUGUGAAAAUUCCUUUUGUCGUCUUACUUAGUGAUAUAUUUUUUUUACCUUAUUAUUUUUGUAAUUAUCUGUCUACAGAAUUCUAAGAAGUAAUCAUUAAAUUGAUUUAUUUGCGUUGUA